GGUCCUGUCCUCCUCUGCCCCCCCCGCCCCGUCCCGGCCAUGAAGCGGAUCUUCUCCUGUUCCAGCUCGCAGGUGGCGCUGGAGCGAUGGAACCGGCAGGACCAGAAGCUUCUGGAAGCGGUCGAGCGCGGGGACGUGGGGCGGGUGGCCGCCCUGGCCUCCCGGAAGACGGCCCGGCCCACCAAACUGGACGUCCACGGCCAAUCCCCGUUCCAUCUGGCGGCGUCCAAAGGUCUGACGGAGUGCCUGACCGUCCUCCUGGCCAACGGGGCCGAAAUCAACACCAAGAACGAGGACGGGAGCACGGCCCUGCACCUGGCCACCAUCUCCUGUCAGCCCCAGUGUGUCAAAGUCCUCCUCCAGCACGGUGCCAAUGAGGACGCUGUGGACGGAGAAAACCGGAGCCCCCUCCACUGGGCGGCCUCGUCGGGCUGCGCCUCCAGCGUGUUGUUGCUGUGUGACCACGAGGCCUUCCUGGACGUCCUGGACAACGACGGCCGGACCCCCCUGAUGAUCGCGUCCCUGGGCGGACACUCGGCCAUCUGCUCCCAGCUCCUGCAGCGGGGGGCUCGGGUCAACGUCACCGACAAGGAAGACAAGUCCGCCCUGAUCCUGGCCUGCGAGAAGGGCAGCGCGGAGGUGGCGGAGCUGCUCCUCAGCCACGGGGCGGACGUGGGCGCCGUGGACCGCCUGGGCCGCAACGCGCUGCAUUACGCUCUGCGCACCGACGACAAGGCCCUGCAGCGGCUCCUGAGGCAGGCUCUGAACCGACGUCGACGGGGAGGCCAGCUGCUGGUUAAACACUCAGACGUGGUGGCCCAGGCCUCUGUGACCGAGCCCCAGGUCGGCUCCCCAAACCCGAGCCCGGGGAGGGCGGAAGAGGAGGAGGAGGAGGAAGAGGAGGAGGAAGAGGAGGAGGCGGCAUGUGCGGAGGCCUGGCGGCAGAAGUACGAGGCGGAGCGGAAGAGGGUGUGCCAGCUGGAGGGGGAGCUGGCACGGGCGGCGGAGGACUGCGCGGCUCAGGCGGCCUGGGCGGGCCGGGACCUGGAGGAGAGGAUCCGGGAACAGGCGCGGGCCCUGGAGCUCCUGCUGCUCACAGCGCCCGGGGGAGGGCCCGGGCCCGGGGCCGGCUCGGACGGGCAGGGCCCCGGCCCCCGGCCCGGUGGGGACGGCAUGGAGCAGGGCUGCGCUCUGGACCUGCUGGCCCAGAGGGUGCAAGAGCUCAAGAGGAGGCAGGAGGAAUGGGCUUCCCGGGGGCCUCCGCAGAGCCUGCCCGAGGCGGGGUCCCGCAGCUCGGCCCAGAGGGGUCCCCAGAGUCCGACCGGGGGGGGACCCCGGGCUCCGGCAGCUCAGAGGCCUCCUCAGAGUCCAACUGAGGAGGGGGCCCCGAGUCCCAGUGAGCGGGGACCCCGGAGCCCAGUCCUAAGGGGUGCCCAGAGUCCAACCGAGUGGGGAAUCCAGAGUCUCACCGAGCAGGGACCCGGGAGUCCCCAGAUUCUGCUCAGCUGGGUCCCGAGGAGCCCAGCUGAGAAAGAAGACCGGAGCGCGUCUGGCCUGGCUCGAGGGGGUCUCUGGGAUCUAGCUGAGCGGGGACCCCAGAGUCCGCUCCAGAAGGGUCCUCGCAGUCCAACUGAGCGGGGACCAAAGAGCCCAGCCGAGCAUGAACCUCGGAGCCCAGCUGAGUUGGGACCCAGGAGUCCUGCCCAAGGGGGACCCCAGAGUCCAGCUGAGGAGGGACCCUGGAAUCCAGCCCCAGGGACUCCCCGGAACCUGCUCGAGGGGGAACCGAGGGGUCCUUUUGGGUUGGGGCCCAGGAGUCCUGCCCAAGAGGGUCCCCAGAGUCCAGCUGAGCGGGGACCCCAGAGUCCCACGCCGGGGGGUCCCCAGGGUCCAGCUGAGCGGGGACCCCCGAGUCCCACGCCGGGGGGUCUCCAGGGUCCAGCUGAGCGGGGACCCCCGAGUCCCACGCCGGGGGGUCCCCAGGGUCCAGCUGAGCGGGGACCCCCGAGUCCCACGCCGGGGGGUCUCCAGGGUCCAGCUGAGCGGGGACCCCCGAGUCCCACGCCGGGGGGUUCCCAGGGUCCAGCUGAGCGGGGACCCCCGAGUCCCACUCCGGGGGGUCCCCAGGGUCCAGCUGAGCGGGGACCCCCGAGUCCCACGCCGGGGGGUCCCCAGGUUCCAGCUGAGCGGGGACCCCAGAGUCCCACGCCGGGGGGUCCCCAGGGUCCAGCUGAGCGGGGACCCCAGAGUCCCACGCCGGGGGGUCCCCAGGUUCCAGCUGAGCGGGGACCCCAGAGUCCGGCCGAGGGAGCCCCCCCGAGCCCGGCCGUCCGGGAGGAGCCGAGGCCGCUCCAGGCCCAGUCCCCGGAGGCCCGGUCGGCGCCCGCCGCCGAGGGCCCGGCCCGGGACCGGCCCGAGCCCGCCGGCAUGGCCGCCCUGAGCCAGCUCCUGCUGCAGCUGAGGGAGGAGCUGGGGGCCGUGUGGAGGGAGAAGGAGGCUGCCCGCGGGGCCCUGGACCGGCCGGGGCCGGCGGCCGGGAGGGGCGGCCGGGAGGUCCGGGCGGAGGCCGCGGCGGCGGCGGCCGCGUGGGAGAAGAUGGAGGCCCGGCUGGAGCGGGUCCUGGCCCGCCUGGACCGAGCCAAGGCCGGGCUGCAGAGGGAGGCCGCCCCGGGGCCCGGGGUCCCGGGGUCGGAGGACCCGGGGUCGGAGGCCCCGGGGCCGGGGGUCUCCUCGGCGGAGGCCCGGGGCCUCCUGGAGCGGGAGGUGUCGGCCCUGCGGCGGAGCAACAGCAGCCUCCUGGGCGAGCUGGGGGCGCUGGGAGGGGAGCGUCGACGGCUGCGGGAAGAGCUGCAGGCCCUCCGACGGCGGCUGCAGCGGGAGUUCGUCCCCCGGCCGGAGGCCCAGGGCCAGCUGCGGCAGCUGCGGCUCAGCGUGGACCUCCUGGCCGAAGAGCUGGCCGCCGAGAAGGAGGCCACGGACCGGCUCCGUCGCCGGCUGGCCGCCCAGAGCAGCGGCCUGCGGGGGCUGCGGGACCACCUGCCCCCGGACCUGGUGGCCGGGCCCGACGGCGAGCCGGUGGAGGAGCUGCAGCGGGGCCUGGCGGCCCUGGCCGGCCGCCACCGGGAGGCCCGGGACCAGCUGGCCCGGCUGCAGGAGGAGAACCGCAGGCUGCGGGCCGGGCGGGGGCCGGACCCCGGCGCCCCCGAGGUGGCCGCCCUGGAGCGGGACCUGGGGCAGCUGGAGGGGGAGCUGCGGACCGUGCAGGCCACCCUCGGGGGCAAGAGCCAGGAGAUCGGCAGGCUGAAGCGGCUGCUCUGCCAGGCCACGGAGGAGGUGGCCGAGCUGCGGGCCCGGGAGGAGGCCGGCCGCAGGAGGCAAGAGCGGGCCCGCGGCUCCCUGGCCGCCCGGGCCCAGGCCCGGGGCCGGGAGCUGGAGGCCCUGCUGGUCAAGUACCAGGCCGCCUGCCGGGAGAGCGGCCGGCUGCGGGCCGAGGUGGCCGAGGAACGGAGGCGCGGCGGGGAGCUGGAGGCCCGGGCGGCCAGGCGCGAGCGGGAGGCCGGACAACUGAGAGACCGCUCGGGCCAGUUCGAGAAGGCGGCCGGGGAGCUGAGGGUCCGCGUGGAAGAGCUCCUGGGGGCCUGUGGCGACAAGGAGGCCCAGAUCCGGGAGCUGCUGAGGAAAGUGGAGGAGCUGUCGGCCGAGGUCCUGACCGUGCGGGGGGAGAACAGCAGCCUCCACGUGCAGCUGCAGAAUUCCCAGAAGAACCACCGGGAGAUCAUCGCGACCUACAGGACCCACCUACUGGACGCGGCGCGGGGCUGCCUGGAGGAGGAAGUGUAUGAGCUGCUGCUGCGGAUCCUGGAAAUGCAGGAGGAGGAGUGAGCCGGGACCCCGCGUCGUCCCCCCCGCCCGGCGGCAGGAAGGCCGCGGGGCGGGGGGCUUCUCCGUGAGGGCGAGGAGGCCGUGUCCGAGUCGGCGGCGUCCGGAGCUGGGGCCGAGCCCGGGAGCGCUGGUGGCGGUGGAGGAAUUGGUGGU